UUCGCGGUAGCGUCAGGCGCGUACUGGUUGGUGCCCCGGGUCGUUGCUGGAAGCCGUGGACGAUGGCUCUCGAUGACAGGCACUACACACUGUCCGGAUUUUCGGCUGAAAUUGACCGUAAGCCUCUGCACUUCGUAGAACCAAUUCCACCAGCUAGAAUAUGCAGCGCAUGCGGCAAUGUGGGAGACACGACUGGAAUUCUGCCCUGCGCGCAUUUUAUGUGCAAGGCUUGUUACCACCAGUGCGCUGUUCCGGGCGGGCACAUUUGCCCACUGGACGAUGAACGAUGUAGAGAAGAUGACGUCGACUGGAAGGACUUUCCUGCUGAGAAUAUCAUGAAGAGACAGGUGAAGUGCUGGAACGAAGCCAAUGGCUGCAACACCGUUCUCCCUCUUGGAAAACUGACCCAGCACUUUCGUUUUGAUUGCAAGCAUCAUGUAUCUGACUGCCCAAAGUGUUUGGCAAGAGUCCUCAGUAGUGACGUCUGUGCGCAUCUCCGAUCACACUGCCGAACACUACUUUUGUCAGUGUCUCGAGAGAGUCAGACGAAGGAAGUAUUUCCCGGUGGUGCCGACUGCUUGGAAGCAUUUGUACGAGAAGUAAGAUCAGCUGUCAAGAGUGUGUGCGAGAGCCAGGUGACAGCAUUCCGGUCUAUGCUAGAUGACAGGGUCGGUGAAAUGAGAGUUGGACUUGAGCAACUUUUUGAAGAGAAUAGCUCACAGACCGACCGACUGAAUGCGCUGUCUCACGAUAUAAACGCUUUGAGGGAAACGUUUAACGACGGCCUCCAAGAGGCAUCGAAUCAAAGCGUUUCUAAUAAAGCUGACCUGGUUCGCCUAACCAAACCAGAGACGCAAAAUAUCGAGGAAGUUUCCCAUGAAAUUACUGCACUUCUGCGGUGCAUGGGUAAAUCAGCGAGAACUAAGGAGUGGAUUUUGAACGGAUACGCUGAACUGAUAAGAACUGCAAGCAGACAGGCCAAGGUUGAAUGCUGGAGUGAACGUGUCUACCUGUGCGGACUUUGGAUAUCACCAGGAGUGGUACUCGAGAAAGAGGACGGCUACGUGGUUCUGCAUUUCCGCCUGUGUCUGGAGGAAAUUGCAAUCAGCAAGUGCCAUAACUGGCCAUUCGAGCAGAAAAUCAAACUGAGUAUCAUUGACGCGUGUGCUGGCGCCGAGCGCCACCUUUCGGUACAGCCUGUCUGGUACCGUGGCACGCAGCACACGGACACUGUUGACGCGGCUGGGCGUGCAGAAAGCAGGUUUUACAAUGCGGACCUGCACGAUGCCGGCUUUGUUAGGAACGAUCAGCUGCUAUUGCGGCUUGAGGUGCUUGCGUGAACGUCAGUGUACAUCCGUCAUACGCAAUAGCAGCGUUUGGCGACAAAAAGUUGCUACAAUAUUUUCCUUAUUCUUCAGCCACCUGCUUCGAAACCAACAGUGACAAGGCACUAUCAACGCGUCCAUAUUAGCCUUGUCUUAAAACGUGACCUUUUAUAGAACGGAUUUAUUCCCUCCAAAACCUGUUUUCCUUCUUGCUAAUGAUUCUCCCGUAAAAUUGAUACAGCUGAUAAAGGAAGCAGUUGAAAAUGAUAACAAGCUGACAAAAAUUGUGCACCGGUCGAGAGGGCUUCGUUGAUGAAGCCGUUUGUAAGCCUAAUUAAAACCGUUCACAAUGGCUGCCUUCUGUACGGAAAUAAAGCAUCAGUAAACGAUAAGGCGACAUGUUCUGUACAGUCCACAUGCGGCAAGCCGCAAGAAGUUCAAGCUUUUCGUACCAGUAGAGAAACAAUAAACAUCGCUCAAAAAACA